AUGGGCACGCACACAGCCACUUUCAACAUUGCGCCAUUUGCGUUUAUCCCUCCCAACAUCGCGCAACGCAGAUUGUGCUGUCGUCGACGAGCUGAUUGGCUCAUCCCUCGACUCUGUCGUCACGCCGGUCUCGUGUUGGUACCCCCUCCCCCCGACGACAGCGCGCCGAUCGCAGCCCCGCCCGCCUCGAGGCAACCCGCCGUUUCGUCCCCAUCGCCGCAUCGCGAGUCGCCGCGCAGCUCGGCUGACGUGGACGAGGCCUACCCUGACGUGUCCUCGCUCUCAAUUGGCCUGGCAAACAGCACGAUCCCGUCGCUGGAGCAUGCUGACGUGGAAGUGGUGGUUCCCAGGCGAGCGGGCGACGAGCACGAAGCGGGGGGGAGUGGGCGGGGAGGGGGAGGCGGAGAGGGGGAGGAAGGGGCGGAGGGGGGCUUUGCGAGCAUGGAUGCGAUGCUGCAGUGGGCCAUAGGUAUGCACGGACAUGUGUACGACCCGUGUUCCCAGCAUGUGUACGACCCGUGUUCCCAGCAUGUGUACGACCCGUGUUCCCAGCAUGUGUACGACCCGUGUUCCCAGCAUGUGUACGACCCGUGUUCCCAGCAUGUGUACGACCCGUGUUCCCAGCAUGUGUACGACCCGUGUUCCCAGCAUGUGUACGACCCGUGUUCCCGGUCGGACCCGGAGGCGUUGAGGCAGAGAGCCAAGGAGGUGGCGGAACUCACACCCGCGGAGCUGGAGGAGAAGCGAAAACACAUCCGCGACGUGGUGGACGCCAUGCGCAUGCCGUCCCCCGGCGACCUCAUGCGCGCCGCCAUCGCCCACAUCGCCCCCGCUGCUGCUGCUCAUGGGGGGGCGCCAGGGGAGCAAGGGGGAGGGGAGGAGGAGCAUGAGCGCGUGGUGGGGGCGCUGCAGGAGCUGGCGCAGCUGGUGGAGCCCGUGCAUGCCGCCAACGGUGCGCUGCUCCCCUGCCAUGCCACCUCGCCCUUGCUUGCCCGUGCUGCCACACCACACAUGAGGAGGCGGAUCCCAUCUCAUCCCUUCCCUGUGCUUCCAUCUCUCCCAUCUCUCGCCCUCCCACCUGCACUUCCAUCAAACACCCAUUCGAGUGUGUGUCUGCAACAUAUCAACCCGUUCCGCUUGUUUCAUUGCCCGCCCUGCCUGUCACCCUCCACCGUGCCCAUGCAUGUCUCCAUGGCAGAUCUGCACAAGCUGGGCGGGCUGGCACCGUUGGGGGUGCUGCUGGCGCAUGGGAGCAGCCAGGUGCGCAGCAUGGCGGCGCUGGUGGUGGGCAAGGCGGCACAGAACAACCGCCAAGUGCAGCACCAGACGUGCGUGCGCACCCAUCCGGUGAUGGGCACCGGUGUACUCCAAGCACUCUUCACGCGCCUGCACUCACCGCACCCCAACCCCCCGCUGGGCGAGGACGAGCACGCCAGGCUGCUCUUCGCCCUCUCUGCUGCCAUCCGUGGCCACGUGGCAGCCACCCAUUGGUUCUACCGCCACGGUGGUGUGGCCCUGCUGGCGCGCCUGCUGUCCCUGCCAUCCUCCCGCACGCAGCGCCGGGCGCUCUUUCUGCUCGCUGACCUGGCGGAUAGUGCAGGGGCGCGGGCAGGGGGUGGGGGGGAGGGUGGGGACGCGGAGCGAGAGAAAGAGGGGGUGAGAAUUGCCAAAGGGUUGAAGGGUGAGGGGGACAGUGAGGAGGCAAAUAUGGGGGAGAAGCAAGGAGGGGAGGAACAGGGGGAGGAGGAGCAAGGAAGAGAAGAGUGGUUGGCAGAUGAGGCGCUGAUGAGGGCAGUGGUGGGGCUGCUAGGCGGGGGCGAGGGGGAGAGUGUGGAGGGGCGGGGGGCAGUGUGGAGGCGCAGUGAGGACGGCAGCAGCACGUGGGACCUGGACAUGGUGGAUAAGGCAGCAGCAGCGCUGCACAGCCUGCUGGCCGCCUCCCCCGCCACGCGCCGAGUGCUGCUUGCAUGCUGCCGCCCCGAGCUGGCAGUGGAGCGCGUGAGGGCCGCGCUGCAGGCGCAUGUGGGGGAGGUGCAGCGGGGGGGGGGACGAGGCGGAGUAUGA